UUCAGCGAGUUAUAUGCUAUGUCCCUAACGGCUUUCCGUCUUUCUCCUGACACGUAGCAACCACAGUGGAGUUGGCAGGGCUCAACUAAGUGUUGUCCAGCUGACAUCACAGAGUAAGAAUGUCGGGAUUUGAUAACUUCAACACUGACUUCUACCAGUCGAGCUACAGCGUAGAUGACCAAAACCAGGGCGGAUAUGGCUACAGCAACUCUGAAAACCCUUACAACAAGCCGUAUGGUCAGUAUGAUUAUUCGCAGCCGAUGGGCUACCCAUCCCCAGGAAUGAUGCAACCCCAGCAGCCGUAUACAGGACAGAUCUUCCAGCCCACACAGACCUACACCCCAAAUGCAUCACAGUCCAUGUACAGUAACAGCUUUGAUGAUGAGCCGCCACUGUUAGAAGAAUUAGGGAUCAAUUUUGACCAUAUCUGGCAGAAGACUCUCACAGUUCUCCAUCCAUUGAAAGUAGCAGAUGGGAGCAUCAUGAAUGAGACAGACCUGGCUGGUCCGAUGGUCUUUUGUUUGGCCUUUGGGGCAACUCUUCUCCUGUCCGGUAAGAUUCAGUUUGGUUACGUGUACGGCAUCAGUGCGAUCGGUUGCCUCGCUAUGUACUGCCUCCUCAACCUCAUGAGUAUGACGGGCGUGUCCUUCGGCUGCGUGGCCAGUGUGUUGGGAUACUGCCUCCUUCCUAUGAUCAUCCUCUCCAGCUUUGGAGUUGUGUUGUCAUUACAGGGCAUGAUGGGGAUUAUACUAACAACAACAAUUAUCGGCUGGUGCAGUUUCUCUGCCUCAAAGAUC